CCAGGGCAGUGCGAGGAGGCGUCCCGAACAGGUGACAGAGCUGCGGUGGCCCAAGAAGGGAGGAGCGGAGUGACCCCUGGCAAGAUGGCAGCGGAUGAAGGCUCACAGGACACCUUGCGGCUCCAGUUCAAGGCCAUGCAGGAGAUGCAGCACAGAAGGUUACAGAAGCAGAUGGAGAAACGGAAGGAAAAGGAACUGAGCCUCGAAAGCAGAGCCGAUGACCAAAACGAGCUCUUGGAGAUCUCCAGUGGCCUCAGCCUUCUCCAAGCUGGGGAGCAAAACUCAAAAAACAGCUUUGAGCAGAGGGUGCUUGAAGAUGAGAUUGAACAGCUUCGAGAUCAGCUCAGGGAAACAGUGGAUGAGAACGGGCGAUUGUAUAAGCUGCUGAAAGAAAGGGACUUUGAAAUCAAACACCUCAAAAAGAAAAUAGAAGAGGACAGAUUUGCCUUCACAGGGACAGCCAGUGUGGCUGGGGAUGCGAUUGCCACCAAAGUCGUCGAGCUGUCCAAAAAGAACCGGGUGCUGAUGGCAGAGUCAGAGGGUGCAAAAACCAGAGUGAAGCAGCUGAGCCAUCACAUCCAGGAGCUGGAGCGGGAACUGCAGAUGGCCCUGGCCAGGCUGCCAGCCAAGGGGGCCGCCGAUGCAGGAGGCAAGCCGCCGAGGGCCCAGAUGGGAGACAGAGCCUUGCCGGAGACCCCAGAGGUGAAGGUCUUGCGGGACAGGCUGGCGGCCACAAACCUGAAGAUGAGUGACCUCCGCAACCAGAUCCAGUCUGUGAAGCAGGAGCUCCGGAUGGCCCAGAAGGUUUUGGCCAACGAGGUUGGGGAAGAUGUGAACGUCCAACAGCUCCUGUCUUCACCAGGGUCCUGGAGGGGUCGGGCUCAACAAAUCCUCGUUUUGCAGAGCAAGGUUCGAGAGCUUGAGAAACAAUUGGGGCAGACCCAGAGCCAGCCUGCGGGCACAGCCAGUGACGAGCUGCCUGUCUAUCCAGACCCAAGGAAGCUGUCAGCACAGGAGAAAAACCUGCUGAGGAUCCGCAACCUGGAAAGGGAAAAACAGGAAGGCUGGGAGAAACUGAUGGGUGAGCGGGUUGCCCUCCAGCGAGAGCUUGAAGAGCUGAAAAAAAAGUUCGAGGGCAUGAGAUCCCGGAACAAGGUGCUGUCAAGCGAAGUAAAGACCCUCCGGAGUCAAAUGGGGACCCUCGUGGAGAAGGGCAGGCAUGAUGAUGAGCUCAUCGAUGCCCUCAUGGACCAGCUGAAGCAGCUACAGGAGAUUCUGGGCAGCCUGAGUCUGCAAGAGGAAAAGACACGAGCGUCCCAGCACCACCUAGACCAGCAGCUCAACAACGAGGCUCAGCGGAGCGGCAGCCUCGUCGCCCAGCUGCGGGCCCUGGUGGCUGAGCGGGAGGCCAAGGUGCGGCAGCUGGAGUCGGAGAUCGGGAAACUCAGUGCGCAGUAUCUUCAGAAUAAAGGAGUGGAUGAGGGGUCCAGUGGGCCUGAGGUCAACUCCGCCUACACCAAGUUCCUGGAGGACUCGGGCCUGACCAAGUCCCCGGCAUCGGCAGGUGACCACAUUGGCAGGCUUGGAUCUGCUCGCUCCGUGACCAGCCUGGGCCACAUGCUGGUGGAAUCUGCUCUCACAUGGCCUUCCUUGCCCAGUCCUCAUGGGGCCUCACCCAGGUUCUCGGACUCCCCAGAACAAAAAGGCUGGCAGGCACAGGUGACAGAGUUCAAGGCCCUCUGGCAGGCCGCUGAGGUGGAGCGCGACCGGCUUACUGAGUUUGUCACUGUCCUGCAGAAACGGGUAGAGGAGAGCAACAGCAAGCUCCUGGAGUCAGAGAGGAAGCUGCAGGAGGAGCGGCAACGCAGCGUGGUGCUGGAGCAACGUCUGGAGAAGAUGCGCCUGGAGCCUGGGAGGACGUCAGCUUCUCAGAAAGCAGCCCCCAGGAGCAAAACAGGUCUGCCUGCCUCUAACACCAGGCACAACCCAAAUGGGAAUGAGAGAAAGGACCCAUCCUUCGCCCAGCUCUCCAGUGUGCCUGUGGAAUGCCAGAUGGAGGAGCUGACCACCAGGCUGGCCAUCCAGGUAGAGGAGAAUGAAAUGCUGAAGGCUGCUCUGGGCAGCGCCCUGCGGGGAAAAGAAGAGGACAUCCGUAUGUACCAUGAGACCCUGGGCCAGGUGAAAGGGGUCUUCCUGCAAGCCCUGCGGCAGCAGAAGGCUGACAAGCACUAGGAUGGCGGCCCAGUGUCAGCCUGGCCGGACGGGGCCACCUCAUGCCUUGAGAGGACAAGGCUCUGUCUGAGG